CCUGGUGAUCGCACCACGCCGAAGUCAACGGCUAUUACUUCUCGGCCACGGGCGGCACCUAUUGCGCCGCGACCAACCUGGGCCUUACGGCUCUGAUGACGGAGCUGUCGGCGGCGGGCGUCCCUACGAUGCUGCGAGACAUCGAGACCGUCGUCUUCUGCGACUACGCCUUCACCACGCCCUCACCACGCCCAAGUUCCCAGCCUCGUACAAGGCGGGCGUUGCCAUGAUUACGCAGGGCAUGGGGCUCGAGAAGGUGGUGCCCCGCAGCUCGACGCUCCUGCACGAGGCGUUCCAUGCCCUCUUUGGGACGGGGCCCACGGGGUUUCUCGAGGGCGAUGAGGUUUGUCAAGUUUUUCUCGUUAAAAGAGCUCUUCUUAUAAAACCACCCUCGUCACGUUUUUCUGUAGGACCCUUGUCAAAUUAUUGAUUUUCGGUUCGGCAUCACAACACAAAUAGAUGACAUUGGCAAGUGCAUCGAGGCAGCGGGAAAGGAGAGUUCGGCCAAGCCGGUGGCGAGGCGGAAUCCAGAGAACUACGUCUUCUACGUGGCGAAGAUGCACUACCUGCUUGAGGAGCACGAUCCGGACGGUUCUCCGAGUUCCAUAGACCAGAGAUGGGACUUUGACAUUGUCGGCCCUGCUCCGUCACGAAUUUACGGGGCGGCGACCAAGGUUUCGCAAUAAAUGUUGCUCAGUUGCUAGUAUGUACGUG